AUGUUCUCCCCCCAGCUCCUGUCUUCUGAAUAUGUGGAGCGGCACUUUCACCAGGACGGCAGACCUUCCCAGUCGGCGGGAGGGGAGCACUGCUAUUACCAGGGCAAGUUACGAAACUCACCAGGAUCCUGGGCAGCGCUCUCCACCUGCCACGGCCUUUGUGGCAUGUUUUCCGACGGCUUCUUUUCAUAUGGCAUCGAACCUGUUCAGAAUGGAAGUGUCCGGGAAAACAGUGCUCACUUAAUUCGCCGGAUGCCUGAUAUCAGACUUACUCCAAAAUGUACAGACUGUGUGAAGGAAGGUGGGAGUGAGAGCAGAGUAGGUGACACCACACACACACUGUGGAGAACCAAGCGAUAUGUCCGCAGACCCUCUGUCCAGACCGAGACCAAAUACAUCGAGCUCAUGGUGGUCAACGACAAUGAAAUGUUUGUUAAGUUGAAAAACAGCCAAACAAAGAACUUUGCCAAAGCAGUUGUCAACAUGGCUGAUGCAAUCUUCAAGGAGCAGCUGAACACCCGGAUAGUGCUGGUUGCCAUGGAGACGUGGACCUCUAAAGACCUGGUGCCGGUGGUGGAGGACCCUCUCGUCACACUGAAAAACUUCAUGAAAUACAGAAAAGAAAACAUCCGCGAGCAGUGUGACGUUGUGCACCUGCUUUCAGGUCGGACAUUUCACAGCAGCAGAAGUGGGACAGCGUACACGGGAGGAGUGUGCUCUGUGACCAAAGGCGGAGGCGUCAAUGAGUUUGGGAGUGUAGGAGCUAUGGCCAUCACGCUCUGCCAAAGUCUGGGCCAGAAUGUUGGGAUGAGGUGGAACAAUUUACGCAAUGCUGCAGGUGACUGCAGAUGUCCUGAUGCCUGGUUGGGCUGCAUCAUGGAAGAUACAGGCUACAAUCUGCCCAGAAAGUUUUCUCGCUGCAGCGUUGAUGAGUACAUUCAGUUCUUGCUUCAGGGAGGUGGGAGCUGCCUCUUCAACAAGCCCAACAAGCUUUUGGACCCGCCUGAGUGUGGAAAUGGCUUUGUGGAGCCGGGAGAAGAGUGCGACUGUGGAUCACAAGUGGAGUGCGCUCGCAAUGGAGGAUCCUGCUGCAAGAAAUGUACACUUACCCAUGAUGCCAUGUGCAGCAAUGGACUCUGCUGCAGCAGCUGCAAGUAUGAACUGAGAGGAGUAGUGUGUCGUGAUGCUGUGAAUGACUGUGACAUCCCUGAAACCUGCACCGGAGACUCAAGCCAGUGUCCUCAUAAUGUCCAUAAACUCGAUGGCUACUCGUGCGACAUCAGCCAGGGCCGAUGUUAUGGCGGACGGUGUAGGACUCGAGACGGCCAGUGCAAAGGGCUGUGGGGAUAUAAUUCUGCUGAUAGGUUUUGCUAUGAAAAAUUGAACGCAGAGGGGACAGAGAAGGGGAAUUGUGGGACCAACCCUGACGGACAAGGCUGGCUCCAGUGCAACAAACCGGAUGUUUUAUGUGGCUUUCUAUUCUGUACCAAUGUUACCACGAGUCCAAAGUUUGGUGACUUGAGCGGAGAGUUGACCAGCUUCACCCUUUAUCACCAGAACAAGUACUUGGACUGUCGAGGGGGACACGUUCUGCUGGAGGAUGGCUCAGAUCUGGGCUAUGUGGAGGAUGGCACCCCCUGUGGUCCAAACAUGAUGUGUCUGGAGCGACGCUGCCUCCCGGUGGUCACCUUCAACCUCAGCACCUGCCCAGGCUCCAACUCCAUCCGCAUCUGCUCAGACCACGGGACCUGCAGUAACGAGGUGAAGUGCAUCUGCGACCGCGACUACACCGGGAAAGACUGCAGCGUGUUCGACCCCAUUCCUGAGCCCACUGUGCCAACAGGGCCCGAGAAGAAAGGUCCCAGUGGCACCAAUAUCAUAAUAGGGUCCAUCGCAGGUGCAAUUCUGCUGGCAGCUAUAGUCCUAGGGGGAACAGGCUGGGGAUUUAAGAACAUUCGAAGAGGAAGGUAUGAAGCUUAA